AUGGACAGAUAUAAAGUAAUCAAAACUAUUGGAGACGGAACCUAUGGAAGUGUGUCUAAAGCAGUCCAUAGAAAUACAGGCGACGUUGUGGCAAUAAAACAGAUGAAAAAAAGCGUGAGGGGAUGAAAUGAAUGUAUCAACAUGAGAGAAGUGCGGGCUUUACUUCAUAUCAAUCAUCCAAAUAUAGUGAAAAUGCUUGAAGUUAUUAAAGAAAAUAAUUAUCUUGCAUUGGUGUUUGAGUUUUUAGACGAAGAUGUAUAUCAUCAUAUAAAGGACAGAACAAAAUUACUAACUUUUCUCUAUGUAAUCAAACAAAUAUUUUUACUUAUUGAAGGGGGUUAGUUUUAUUUUAUUUAAUAUUUUAUCAAAAAAUCCUAUUUGAAAAUUGAAAAAUAAAAAAAUUAAUCUAACUCCCCCCCCCCUCCGUGAGUGAACAAAACCAUUAGAAAAAUCCCUAUUUUUUGCCAAAAAAUCCACCCUCCGUGAGUGAACAAAAAUUUUUUAAAUACAAAAAUUUUUUAUGGAAAAAAAUUUUGAUAUAUAAAUGAUAAUUAUUAUAAUGAAAUCUAUAGCUAAUUCUGUUUAAUUUUAAACGAAUUGCUUUUUAAAACAUAAAUUUUAUAAAUUAAAUUAAUAUUUGCUUUCCAAUUUUUGCGAAUUAGGAUUUUUUAAAUUUCGAAAAAAAAAUUUUUUUACUCCCCCCCCCCCCCUCCGUGAGCGAACAAAAAAAUUUUGUUCGCUCACGGAGGGGGGUUAAUUUUUUUUUUUAAAAAAAAUUUAUAUAUAAAUUUGAUAAAAAAUAUUUUUUUUCGAAAUUUAAAAAAAUCCUAAUUUGCAAAAAUUUGGGAAGCAAAUAUUAAUUUAAUUUGCAAAAUUUAUGUUUUAAAACGCAAUUUGUUUAAAAUUAAACAGAAUUAGCUCUAGAUUUCAUUAUACUAAUUAUCACUUAUAUAUCAAAAUUUUUUUCCAUUAAAAUUUUUUCUAUUAAAAAAAUUUUUGUUCACUCACGGAGGGUGGGUUUUUGGUCAAAAAAUGGCGAUUUUUCUAAUGGUUUUGUUCGCUCACGGAGGGGGGGGGGGGGAGUUAGAAAAUUUAUAUAUAAAUUUUUUUAAAAAAAAAAAAUUAACCCCCCUCCGUGAGUGAACAAAAUUUUUUUGUUCACUCGCGGAGGGGGGGGGGAGUAAGCAAUUCAUGCUUUAUAAUGGAAAUUAUUAAAAAUUUGUUAAAAUUCCAUAUAAUAAUUAUCAAUGAUAUAUAUAUUUACAAUAUUAAAAAUUAUUUGUCGCUCCUGGAGGAUGCUAGGCAUUUUAGAAUAGUUUGCUCUCUCAUAGAGAGAGUAAGUGAAACUCAUAUUAGAAACAUUAUUUUUCAAACUUUGCAAGGCUUGGCUUAUAUGCAUAGCAAAGGCUUAUUUCAUCGUGAUUUAAAGCCUGAAAACUUGCUUAUCAAGGCUGGAACUGUAAAAAUUGCAGAUUUCGGCCUUGUAAGGGACAUGAGGCAAAAGCCACCUUUUACUGAGUAUGUCUCAACUCGAUGGUAUCGAGCACCAGAAGUCCUUCUUCGCUCACAAAACUACGGACCUGCAAUCGAUAUGUUUGCUUUAGGUGCUUUAAUGGCUGAACUCUAUACUUUUAAGCCUUUAUUUCCUGGGAGCAGUGAAGCAGAUAUGCUACAAAAAAUCUGUAAAAUAAUGGGUACUCCAAGAAAUUGGCCUCAAGGCCAGUCUUUAGCUUCUCAGAUCGGCUAUCGAUUUCCUAAUGAAAUAGGAAUUCCUCUGCAGAGCCUCGUACCAAAUGCAUCAGAAUUUGCAAUUGAUUUAAUGAAAGCAAUGCUAAAUUAUAACCCUGAAGCAAGGCCGACUGCUGUAGAUGCAUUAAAUUAAAUAUCUAUGCUGGCUAUAAGCUGAUAACUCACUCUCCGUCACCAAUUGGGCUCCAAAAAUUGUCCUUUUGGAUGUCCGACCUGAACCACCUCUAAGAAAGCUCCCUUGGGCAGAACCACAGUCUGUCGAGUGCCCUGAUGGUCCCAAUGAGGAAAGACCAUGUGGUAGGCAAAACCUUUCAAGCCCAUCUGGUAGGGACAGCAAAACCUUCGGGGGAGAAACAAAACUUCCCUCUUCGACAAGGCAUCCACAAGCCUGACAGCCUACUUUAAGAGAGACAGAGGCCCUUGCUUUCAGCUUCAUCAAGAUGGGUCCUGCCUGCUCCAUAGGGAGCUCGCCUCGAAGCGUCACCAUUUUAUUUCUAUUAGAUGCAUUAAGGCAUCCUUACUUUUCUACAUCGCUAUCUAUACCAAGAAACCCACAAAAUCACGAUCCUGUCCCUCAGCCACCUUCAACGAAUAGGCCUAAUGAACUAGCUAAAUUUUCACGACCUGAUAAAGAAGCACAGAAAGGCAAGCCUAAAGGAGAAGCGCAAUCAAGCGUAUAUGAGAGGAUGAAAAAAGCAAAAUAUGUGCCUGGAGUAGUUUGUAAAUGAUAG